GGAACAGACACCUGCUGCUGCGACCGUUAAGGGUUUCCGCAUUGUAUCCUGCGCGACCAUUCUAGACUUGUUUCCCGAAUAUAGGAAAGAAGACACGGAUGUAGUUCUGAAGAAUGCAGUGGCGCAACCAGCACUAAUACUAAGCGGAUGGAUCAAGCGCUCAUAUCCUUAGUGCCCGUGCCAAGUCUUGAGAGUGAGGAUGUUAACUGCCUGCUACCGACAGAUAAAAACGGUUGUCCUCAUAUUCGCUUCGCAACUGCGCCACCUUUGACUUACGAUGAAAGAUUUGUUUCUGAUUUUGUUUUUAUUGCCGCUGGUGACUUUUCCUUUUUUAUUUAGUCCCCCACUUCGAGUACAGGGUCGUUAGUAGUGAUGUUAUACCUCACUUCAUUUGUUCAUUCUUGUAGUCGCAUGCGCAUCAAUGAAUUUACAUUUAGUGUCUAGUGAGUGUCUAGGUCUACUACCGAUCGCAAUCAAUUAGAGUAGUUAAUGGUCUUAUUCUACAGGUUGUUGCACAUCAAGAAUUCCACCUUGAAGUAGAUCGAGUUAGAUCAAAUGGUCUACUUCAUGAAAGGUCUAAUCAUCCGAUCCUGACAUCGAGCCGGCAUUUUCAAAUGAUAUCGAGCGGGCUCUGUGGUGGCAGCACCCCUAUCUUUACCAGGCCAUAGAGUUUGGCCGCAUAGAAGCAGCCAAACAAAAUAGAGAGAAUAAGAAACUGCGCGUACGCGAGUUGAGAAAAAUCCAAGAGAGCCUAUCCAGAACUUCAUCGAAUGCUCCUGGGCCACCUAGCAUGGGACAAAAACACAGGCCGCAAGCUCAACUUAAGGCGCACUAUACCUCAUUUCCAUGGGUUCUUUUCCUCUGUUUUCUCCUGGGGCUUGUGAAAAGGACAAGAAAUCUAAGAAUGGCCUCCAUCCCCAGUGACCUACUGAUACUGUCGCCUACAAAUUAAGGCUCAGCUUUCAAUGGUCAUUGGGGUUGGUCACUGAGAUCGAAGAAGCGACCCCUUUGGAGAACAGGGGAAAAGGAAGGGAAAGGAGAGACCUUUGAAGGGGGUCUCUUCCGUUCAGCAUCAGUGACCAUUGAAUGCUGAGCUUUAAUAACAUGGCAGCAUACUAGCAGAGCGACUAGUGAUUUGGCUCUAAAGUUAAUUUUUACUCAAGUAAGAUGUUCAUGUUCAAUAACUGCCUAAAAACUGGCGGGUACGCCUACGAUCUAGAAAAUUCAUCAUCCUACUUCUUUUUUGUUUGAAGAGAUAUAAAGAUUUAGAAGGUACAACGUGACUGAAUGGCCUCACAUCCACUUGACCACGUGGCAAACGAGGGCACAUAACAUGACAUAGUCUUCUUCGGUUCUGAUAAGUGAACAGGCCAACGCCUAAACCAAAGUUCAAAGCGUCUAAUCAACAAACAGCACCAAAGCAGCCACCUCAUCAUAACUGGGCAACGCGAUGGCGCGAUGGAAGAACAGGGAAGCUGUCACAGAUUGAGACGGAGAGGUUGCAGCUCAAAUACCCACGGCUGCUCCACGCGACGCUGAAGCUACUGGAAGAGCAGGUCAUGUCACUGCCAGGAGACCAUGAACAGCACGCGUCGGCGGCUACGGCAUCUUUUAAGGCUCGUUGUAGGCAGUAUCCUGUUCAUCAUUAUCAAUCUUCUCAUAUAUGUCUAUGAAGAUAUCAUAAAUAUAGUUUCUCGUCGUGGUUUAAGUUUAUCUGGAACUUCUCGCAGCACGAGCACGAUGUUGAUCAUGAAAUGCGAUCUGUUGCAUCUCAAUAUCUCAAAAAAGUUGUUGCGUGUGUUCCUACAUCUGUAAAUCUAAUGCCUCCUUCGCCGGUCGUAUACUGGAGCGCAGGAAACAGCGAGAGGAAAAGCUUAACGGCGCCGCCCCACCCAUCGUGUAUAUCUUAGAUGCUGAAUUCGCUGCCACCAUCGCCAAUGGCCCAGAGGCUCUGUUCGAGCGAGUGCGUGCGUACGAACUGCAGCAAGCCAAGAAACUAAAGCCGAAAGCUGCUCCCGCGCCAGCAGCAGGAGCUGCGAAUGAAAGUAACCUGGGAAGCAGUGGCAAGGCGCUUAUUACCGCAGGAGCUAAUCUUAAGGCCGGCACGACUUAGUCGAUCUCGAUCUUUACAGAUAACAUUUCCUUCGUGUGACCUAUGAUCCGUAUCUUGAACAGUAAGGUCAUCUCCCUUGUUAGUAUUCCUCUGGUGGAAAUCCGAAUCAAGAAGGGGGCAAGGGCAAGCGAGGCAACCACUCAAACUCAAUCACGGCGGAUAAUGAGGCAAUGAUAAUGAUUUUUGAUUGUUUUUUGCUUUUUCCUCUAAGAAUCUUUUAAAGAUGAUCGAUCAUGUGGGUGGACAGAAGCAACAGAUGAGAGGUGGUGGAGAUACUUCUUCUAGUGGUCCAGCAGCUUCUCAGUGGGCAGUGGCAAUUGUGCCUGAAGAUACUAGAAGCUCAUCAAAAACUAGUAGCAACUCUUCCAAUUUUCGGAGCGGCCCUGUCGGAUCUCCUAAGCCCCCGUCCACGGGUUCGAGUUCCUACCAGCAUGCACCAGCGUCGUCAUCGGCAUCUGCGUCUGCUUCUAGUUCAAAGAAAAACUCUAUCCCUGGUACUAGUGGCUCCAAUAUUCAUAUGAAGAGCCCUCUUCUUGCAUCAUGCACUGCGCAAAUGCCGCCACGUGGUGGAACUUCCACUCAUCAACAUGUUGUAGAUCAGUUACAGGUUGUCGACGUUGUUUCGGCCUCAGAUUCAGAUACUACGUCUUCAUCUACUAGAACUGGACCUGCUGGUCAAUACCAAUCUAAGCCCACGAAAAAAAAGGAUGAGAAGCUGCAGAAUCAACAUUAAGGCGACCGCUGGAGCAUCCUCAGCAUCCUGCUUGGCUUCUUUUUCAAGAGGAAAACGGGCUCGGGGAUGCUCUCCGGGAUGCGACCGCGCUAGCUCUAACAACAAACCGCAGAUGAAUUUGAAGAGUCCAAGGAAGCACGAGAUAUCGUUACACGAUUUCUUAUCGAGCUUCAUCGUGACUCGGUCGCGAUGAUUAGUACUGGGGGUCAGCAACUUCCUGGUAAGCACCAGGACAGCACUCAACAUUCUCAACAUGGAGGAACGGGAUCUACUCGCUCUGGUGGUGAUGCCGCAACAGGUCCACCAUCUCUAGGAGCAUCGUCAGUUCGAAAGGCACUCUCAACGGCGGCAUCAAGUAUUAGGAUCAACUUCCCGAGGAUGAGACCGCUGAAGGAGGAGGAGGAGGAGGGGACUUCUUGAAAUGCUAGGAAAGACGAGUAGUUGUUGACGUAGAAGUGGUAGUUGGUCUUGGGGUUCUUGGUCGGCCACAUAGCACGACUCAUACAUAGAGCUGCAACUGCAUGAACAAGUUAGCAACAAGUUACUGAGAUGGUGAUCUCACUAGAACUCUGCUGUAAUCAUAUUACUCAUUGCGAGGACUCAGAUGAUAUUAAAAGUCAUAUUACUCUUUGGCUCAAGACUUUGUCUUGUGGCCCGUGAUCCCAUCUUCUACAGAGAGACCCAGUCGAUCUAAACCUAAAAUCUUGAAUCUUGAAUAUAUGAAUAUAAAAUCGCUGAAACCGCAAAAAUGGAAGUGAGUAAUCUUGAAAAACGAAAAGAAGAUGAUAGUUCCUCAAAAACUGGAAAUACUUAAAAGAUCUUCCCCGAUUGGCUGGGUCUAUAAUGGGGCUGAUUAAUGGAAAUUUUUGCUCGGUUUGAACCUUUGAAUUUGCCAUUAAGAAGUUCUUCGACUCGGUCCUUGAGGAAUAAAAAGUACUAACGUCAAAACACAUCUGAUUAAUUUGAAUGAGAACUUGCCGCGAAUAAGUAAUCCACUCCUGGAUCACUGAUCAUUAAAUCUAAGAUCUGUAAAUGGCCAUAACUGCCAACACAUGCUUAUUUAAAUUAAAGCCAUUGCUCUCAUGAUUAUUGUUGAAUCGUUCGGCUCCACUACAUUUUAUAACUCUAUACACACCCAUAAACGCGGCAAGUUAUAAUAUAACACACAAAAAUGGUCGACAAGAAGCAUCGAAAGCAAGCCAACAGGCAAGGCGUCCAUAAGACGGAUGCGAAAAAUUCGACUAGCCAAGAAGGAUGCGCCGCUACUACUAGCACAAGUAAUGCUGCAGCCAGUAGUUCUUCAUCAUCCUCAUCAGCACCAACAUCUAAUGCGAACGUACAGCAAAAGGCAGGGAAGCAGAACCCAAAUGGGAGGGUCAACAAUAAGGCAGCCUCAUCCAAAGCAGGCAAUUCCAAGAGCAAGCAGACGUCAACGAAAGACGCCAAACCGGCGGGCAAGGAUGCAGUAGCCACAUAUGAAGAGAAGGAGAAUAAAAAUGGAGCACUAAAGAUGGAAGAGGAAAACGAGCUGAUGGUCGACAAUGGCGAAGUCUUUCAUAGCUCAGCAGAGGGCACAGCCACAGGAGACCGCCACUCAAGUGACCACGAAGGAAAUUGCGAGCGCCUACUACCUUACGAGAGCCAAUCCGACGGCAAGAAGAACGAAAAUGUUGGGACCUUGUUCACCGCAAGUACCGCAAAUGAGGGCAACCCUACAACCAGAUCCACAGCGUCAGCAUCUGGACGACCGCCGUCCCUGUUCCCACGACAUCUUGAGCAAGAUCACUAUAGCCCAAGUGGAAACAACAUCUUCAACGGCGGCUAUCAUACCAGCGCAAGCUUGCUCUCCACCAGUCAAGACAACACGCUCCUGCAUCAAGACAACGGAAAUCCUUGGUACGUUCAAAGUUUCCCUGCCCCCUCCAAGCAAAAGUGGAAAAAAGGCGAUGGCAAAAAAGGAAAAGGCAAAUAUAAGUCGGAGCGCGCGUGCAACAAGAUGACUUUGAAGGAACCAGAAAUAUCCAGCAAGCUACACGAAAGCGAAGAAUUUCCUGAAGGGCAAAGUGGAAGAGAUCCGGCACAAGAGUUCUUUGCCUUGCGGAGGGCGGACGCAUUAGGACAAGAUCGGAAACCGAUGUGGGGCGCCAAAGAUGGGAAAUGGCAGCUGCCUCCCGGCUGGUUUAAAUGCGUAUGCGAAUAUAGCACCGAGGGAGGCGCCAUCAUGUUCCAGGUCACCGAAGCGGCGAACUCGAGAUGGUUCGACUUCCUAAGCUCGGAGAAAUACGAGCAGGCAUGCUUCCCGAUGUACAGGAACGAGAUGCACUACGACGUACAGAAAGAAGAAACAAUAGUGGCGACAGUGGUCUGGGUCUGGAAGAGGAACUGGGACAAGUAUCAGCUUAAAGUGGACAAGGUCAAGCCCCUUCUCGACCCAUCAAGAUGGACGAUGAACUCCGAGACCAAGCUCCCCGAUAUUCCUUCAUGGAAGUCUUAUCACAAUCACAGUGACGAACAAGGUGAGCAAGUCACAGGGCAAGUUUUUUCUGGCGAUGCCCUCGAGACCACAAACGGGAAAGAAGAAAGAUUGAGCAAGAUCGACGACGUUGCAGGAGUGCUAGAUGAAGUUGCCAGAAUGAUCCAAGCCAACAGUCACAACCUGAAAGCCGAAAUUUCCGAUGAAAUUCAGACGGAGCUGCAGGAGAUCAAAAAAGUGCAGAAGAAGCACAAAAAAAGCUACAAGAAGAUGGAUUUCUUGGUGAAGGCUAUGAAGAAAAUGAUGGCGAAUGAUGGAAUAGCUAACGACAGCGAUAUGGAAGAAGAUUCAUCGAGCUCCUCCUCCUCUGGCGACUCGGAAGCAGACAAAAAGAGAACGAAGAAGAUCGUAAAGCUCAGCAGGAUGUCCGAAAACGAGAAGGAUAAAAGUUCUAUCACACCUUCCAUUAGUAGAAAGGGCGGAAUCUCCUUGACAGGAUCAUACUUGCACGGGGAAAAAUGUUCGGAUGUGGACCAGCCGCUGUUACAAGAUGGCUCGCAUGCUGCAGGACCAAGACACGCAGCAAAAUGUGACCCAGACCUGCACUACGUGGACGUAGAACGCGACUCACUCGAAAUGGAUCAUCGUCAAGAAAUGGACUGCGAAGAGGUUAUUACAUUAGAGACCCCAGAGCAGAAGCACAAUCACUCGUCAACGAGCAACGACCACAACAACAAGCUGGUGGAGGUAAGCAUGCUCUCGCCGGAUCAUAUAUCCCCCAUAUCCUCUCUAAUUCUGCCGUGGAAAGCCUCGUUUGAAAGUGGCAGUGGAACGAUGAAGGACCAAUCGCACCAACCGCCCAGUCCGGCAAGACUACAGUUCGACCAGGAGCAUGCAACUGGCAAAAAUACUGACAUGAUCAAGUCAGCUGAUUCUUGCACUGCGAAGCAAGGCAGUACGGAAAUGAUGAGUGCUGUCUUUCCUGAGGAUCUUCAGCAAGGUGGCAGAGGAGAUGAAAAUGGUAACCCUUCUCAAGCUGCGUUGCAACGUGAUGGUCGCAGUUUAGCCGCAGGAAUGCCUUCCACCUCCUUAGAUUCCAACGUCCUGGACAAGCCUGCCACGGAGGACGUAGAGAGCACAGAUAGAGAGGAGCUGACUAGAGGCGAAGACGUGCACGACACGCAAAAACUCGUCACUGAGUUACCUCCUGGCAAUGCCCCACUCAAUGGAGACCAAGAGGAUGAGGUAGCUUUCCAAGCACAAGAAGAAGUAAAGUAUGCGAAUCAAGGAAAUGUGGAUAGCAAAGAAGCCAUAUGUCUUGAGACUUACAGACUGCCGCUACCUGCCUACAAUCAAGCAGAAUUGAAGCCAUUGGAAGGACGCGAGCUGCUCCGCAACUUCAUCAUCGAAAACACGGCCAAGGAUUGCAAAUGGAUGCUACAAGUCGAAGACUAUCAAGAAAUAGCACAUGCUGCAGACAAAGCAAGUGGAAUAGUUUCGGCUUACACUGGUGGCAGACUCCUAAACUUAGAGCAGAUGUCGGCAAUAUUGAGGAUGCUACGAAGAAUUGUGCUACUCAAAGUCAAUCGAAAAAUCGUAGUGCCUUCUGAUGACCAAGAGGAGAGUAAAAGGGAGAAAAAACAACUCGACUGGUGCAGACACGACUUCAGGAUAUGCAACCUCAUUCAAGCUUUACACGCAACAAGCGAGAAAUGGCCGCUGCUGGCGAGCGAAAAAGCCGAAAGAGGACUCGCUAUCUCCCCGCAAGGUUUAGAUGUUGACUUCAAAUCUCUUAAAAAGCUUCGGACGAUUGUGAACCAGACCGGAAAAGACACGGUGACCACCGCAGCCACGGGCUUACCCUCCUCGAUUCCAGAAACGAAUGAUCCGCCGCUGGUUGCUGAAGUCCCUAGAAAACCGAAAUCAGGAGGACAUGCGAUGGAACAUGGAGGAGAAGACAUUACCUCAGCUCCCAACGCCUGCUACGAUAAAAAGAGGACUGCCCGGGAACGGCAGCCUGGUGCAGUCUCCUUACCGGAAAAGAAAGCUGAAAUUGUGGGAACAACACCGCCAGCGAAUAAAUGCGAUGCACGCAUACCACGUUCAAAUACGCCCAGAGCUGGAAAAAGGCAGAAGAUUGGGAAAGAAGACAAUCAGAAAAGCAAGGCUGAAGGUGAAACUGGUAAAAUUGGCCCUGAAGCUGCAGGAGCAAUAUCAAAGCAGCUCAAAGUGGAUAACUCCGCCGGCCAGAUCAUGCCCAAGGAUACAGUCCCUAAUAUAGCCUCUGCAGCAGUGAAAUUAACGGGAACAGAGCAAGUGGUAGCCGAUGAAGAAAAGGAUAUGCAGCAGUUUAAUGAGGGUGAGAUUUGGAACUGGAUAGCAGAUGCCGCUGGACUUGCUGAAGGAGCCACCUUUCAUCCUGGCAAAGCUGGCAAUAUCCGAAGCAGCGAGCUGAUCCAAGAAGCGACAGUUCAACAAAAUAAUGCUGGAAAUCAAGUGACCACCAAGAACGCCGGAAGCGGAGCAGCCAUGCUAUCAGCAGCUGCUGCGCCAUUUUGCCCGGGGGAGAUGAGUCGUAACAUCAUGCCUGGAUGCAGCAGCAGUGGCACGCAUCAAAUUCAAAUGCAGCAUCCGCACCAGAGUCCGCAGUUAGCUGCGCCAACACAGACAGGACAUGCUCAAUUCUCUCACGCAACGCUAAUGACGGCGCAGCCAAUGAUAGCUCCCACUCCGCAGAUCCAGGGUAAGCCGACCUCGAUCCCACAUCCUCUUCCACCACCGCCAGGUUUCCCGAUGCCACAGGGCCUGACUCCACUACAACCAGUUCAGCAGCAGAUGAAGGGAGGGAUGAUGAUACUUCCUCCGCCACGAAGUGAAGCCUACCACACCAUCAACAUGCCACAGAAAGGGAUGGGAUUUGCCCACAACAAUCAUCAUGGUAAGCUAACUGCUGAUGCGCAUAGCAGAUAUUAUGUUCCAAAAACGUCAUUGCAUAGUAAAUCGAUCAAAACUACUAGAUGUCCUGUCACGGCCUCAACUUCAACUCUUACCUCCCAUCCGCAACUUCUGGCCAAGAAGAGCAACAGGCGAAAAAAAGCUGGAAACGAGACGUACAACAAGGACAGCAGAACACUAAUUGACAAGCAGGCCUUCUCGGUAACGACUGCAGCUCCGACGACUUCAGCCAGCACCUAUAGAACAGCGGAGCGAUGCGGGCACCUUCAUGCAAUAACUCCACCGCUCGCCACGCCCUGGGGAGACUUAGUAACACUUUAUGAAAUGAGGUUUAUCAGUGCAGCUGCGGAAGAGUCGCUUAGACGUGGUCCAAUCACCAGACGAUCUAGCCCGAUAGCUCAACGGUCAAGGAAGAUUAGCGCUUCCUCCUCAAGGAUAUGGCAUGUCCCAAAAAAGAGAAAGCAGCUCAGGCCGACAAUCUACCAUCCCUUAUCACCCGCGCGGAAGGAGGAUCAUCUUGGCAUCCUUUUCAGAAAUCGGUUUGCUCCACUUAGAAGAGAUGACGAUCACGCGGGGCCUUACUCAGCAGCUACUAGCAGUGACAACACGGAGAACAAUGUCAAUGCAACGUCUCGCAUCACAGUCCUGGACAAGCGCACGCCGAAGCCUCGACUGUCACACCACUCCAAUAAAGAGACAGCCUCUAUAGUUCCAUCUGACAAGCAAAACAGAAGUAGACUCUCUGCUAGUCUGCAGGUCGACACAGCCGCCACUUCCUGUUCCCCUUCCACUCACACUGAUAUCAAAAACAACAGGUUAUCACGCUUAGAGCGACGAGGAGGAAAGAAACAUGAUGAGAAGAUAAUGAAAAUGAAGCGGAUGGAAAUGGAAAUGGACGCUGGGGGAGGGAGCGGCUAUUGCAAGCAAGCGUUAGUCAAGGAAAAGGAAAACGAUGGGCCGGCAAAUUUUGGAACGCAUCAUGAUGGAAAAAAUGAAAAUGGAGAUGUAGGUCUAGACCAAGUGAGGCAAGCAUGUAUACUCAUCAAUGAUCACAGAGGAAUAAGAACACAACAUAACAACAUAAGCAGUGGGAAAAAAAUCAAAAAGAGUGGUGAAUUAUCAGCAGCGGCCUUCGAUCUAUUUGGUCACUAUCCCGGUGGAAAUGCAAAUUCAUCAAACAAAGCAUCAAGAUCAGUUUCUAGUACAACAGCCACAACAGGAACAACAUCAGAAGAAAUAGAAGGGAGCCCCGACAUCGUCUCUAGUCGGAUCUCUCGAACAAAUAGUAGCAGAAUGAAAUACAAAGUUACAUCUGAAGAUCGCAACAACUGCGGAAGUGCAAAGUUCUACUGGCAAGAAGGAAAAAACUUCAAACCAGGAAGCCAGAAGAUCACCGCAGUAACUUCUACAAGCUCCAGAUCUCUUCUUCCUUCUAGAACAAAAGAUCAAAGCUCUAAUAUGGAGAUAUGCAACAUGCCGAUGCAGCCAAGCGAAAGCAAGAAAGUGGAAAGUGGAGGAAGAAAGUUUUUCAUCGAACAAGGACAGCAAAAGAGUACUGGCCUUGCUAAUAUGGACCAUAUGCAACCGCACAGGAAGGAGGCCAGGGAAAUUGCGUCUAUAACCAUCAAGGAUAGUGCCACUAAUACUGAAGGAAUCAAUCGUGAAAAGUGCAAAAAGUAUUUCAGCCUCGACAUAGCGCGAGCGGUGGCAAUCAAUCAACCUCAGCAGGGCAAGUUGUUCAAUAUGGUGGGCCCACAUCACACACAGCAUGUGGAGCUUGAUGAAUGUAAAACGCGAUCAAGAAUUGAAAUGCGAAACUUUAGCAUCCCCCUUUCUUCGGUGGACCAAGACCCAGAUCCAGCCGGUCACUACAAAAGUACAUCCAUGAACUCUCAGAAUAAGAAUCCGGGCGUCAAUAGUGAAGAAAUCGCACCGGAGCAAAAUCCUCAUCAAUGUUGCGAUCUCGCCCGGGCUGACCCCGCAGAUGGUCAGCAAUACGCCGCACCUACGCACCUAUUAGAGUAUGGAUCUGAAUUAAAUGAUCGCGAAGGAGACGAGCCAACAAACGACGACCAAGCACAAGGGACGAAAAUAGCAACUAUCAACGUGGGAUCGUCGCACCUUGGCACCGAGAAACUUGCCGAAGUGAUGAAAGUUUCCAAGUUAAGAAGAUGGGGCUUGGUGGUGUUAACGGAGUUCGAGUACGAGUCGGAUGAUGCUUUGCGAUCAGGGCGAGCCGUAGACCAUUAUGGAGCGAGAGAAGCACUGCUGCAAGACGACCUGGCAGGGAGCUUAGGAGAGGACUCCUAUGGUCCCCGAAUACUCCAUAAAGUGAUCCCGAUGGACGACGCUCUGCUGGUCGUUACGAGUGGAGUUGCAGUACUGUUGAUCGACCGAUCGUUGAUAACCCAACUCAAGCACGCGAUGAAGAUGAACAUUGAGGGCAAGGAGUGCAAUGAAGUCAUAAUCUCGAGAAGGCGGGUGCUCUCUCUCUACCUGAAGGAGAUGGUAAUACACGCUACGUAUGCACCGACAACAGCAGUGGCAAAACGUGAGAAAUGGAAUUACUUGCAUGCCUUGGAGUCGGCGGUGCGAGACUCCAAGCGCAGAAGGAAAGAUCGCUGGAAGACCAUUUUGAUGGUUGGGGAUAUGAAUGUACAGGUCACCAGUAGACACGCACGAGAAGCGCCUGCGAACAUCGGGGCGCACGUCCCCCCCAUCCAUCCGAGAAGGGAAAAGGAAGCCGAUGACCUAGUCGCACUCGCAAGAUCGCUUAACUUGGUCCAUGCCGCGUCACAAUUUAAGCUGCAGGAUGCGACGGGAGUUGAUACAAUACAAUGCAGGGCAACGCUCAAGCGCGAGGGACAACUUUCCGAAAUAGACCAUAUUUGGAUUUCCGGAGCGGACAGACACAGGAUGCAGGCCUUAGAGUUGAUAGAACUGCGAAAUCUCGUGCGUCUUGGCGAGGCCGAAAUGAAAUUCGACCAUCGUGCAGUUGUCCUCACCACCACCUUUCGCACACAUAGUGAACUGCGCCUAGACGGAGCAGCAAAGAAGAUCUCAGGCAUGGUCUUUAACCCAGCACCUGACGGAGAUGACCUUGAGGAGUUCAACAGAGGACUCAAAGAACUAGCAGCUGAAGCUGGCGAGGACAUGGAUCUAGAAUUAUUGCGGAGAUACCUAGCCCACACUGCGCCGCGUUUUCUUAUGCCACGUGUGGCGCCGCCAGCCUCUACCGCCAGCGAAGAUUACGAGCCCGGCAAAAAAACAUUGUCGCAGGUGUGGGAUUAUCUGCGAGAAGCUGGCAUUGCGGUCAGACACUCUGGGGUAGGCAUCACCCCUGACCAGGCCAAGGAGAAGUAUGACCAGGUCGGGAACUCCCCCACAACUGCUGGCUCAUGGCUGCCAAUCCACGAUGAGCUCGCCAAACUGGUGGACAAGGCCUCAGCGGCAGAAAUAGAGUUCCUCUCUGCGCCUGUUACUCCGGACGAGAUCAAGGACAGCCUCAAGGCCAUGAAGAUGGCGGGAGCUAAGGAUAGCGAUGGGUUAUGCAUGCGAGUGAUUGAGUAUCUUGACGAGGAGAGCGGGGAGUUGUUGGCUCGGUUGCUUACAGAUGUGGUGUCAAAGGAUGGAGCCAUUGAAGAACUAGGCGACCCAUUCAACACUUGUCGCGACGUCCCCCUUUACAAAGGAAAGGGCUUAGAAAACGACCCAGAUAAUUAUCGCUUCCUGGUAAUAUCCCCGGUGCUGGUCAAGUUGUUAUCACGCAUCUUCGGGGCACGAAUGCUGGUUUUCGCCGAGAGAUCCUUUCUCCUACCGAGCGAGCAAUACGGGUUCCGCAAACAAAGGGGGACACUAGGUGCGCUAACCUUGUUCUCGCGGUUACGCGAAGACAUGGCGCACGCACAUGGACAGGGGGCCAAACGAGUGAUCAUGUCGAUGAUAGAUCUCCGCAAGGCCUUCCCGUCUUUGGAUUGGCGUUUAGUAAAAGGGAUCUUCACGCAGAUGGGACUGGCAUCCACCCCACUAUGGAGACUCCUUCACGCAACGCACAGAGCAGCACGGCACACCUUCGGACAGGAGACGUCUGGCCUAGAGCAUGGCUGCAAAGAGGGAUGUCCGACGAGUCCCACGCUCUUUGUGCUAUGUUAUUCUGUCGUGAUGAGGUAUUUCCGCUUGUUGGUUAGCAGAUCCCAGCUAGAUUCCGGCAUUGCACUAGUAUCAGAGGAAGACGGAUGGACUGCCUCGAGGGAAACAAAAAUCAAGCGCGCACUGUUCACAAACGAAAUCCCUGGCGAAGAGGAAGCAGAGAAGAAGUCGGGGGAGGAACAAAACAAACUUGCCAUGAUUCUCUUCGCGGACGACGCCACAUUGUUCGAGCAGAUGACUGACGAGCAGUGCGAAGCGCUCGAAGGAGCAAUAGCCGCGGCAAAAGCGAACAAGCAGGCACCGCCGCACACACCAACCACCAAAAAGUUAGCAGAGGCACUUGAAGGCUCGGGCAUGAGGGAGAACCAGGCAAAAAGAGCAGUAGCGGACAUUCUCAAGAUCGACGAGCGCAACCUAGGCAUGCAGACAACGUCUCCGAGCGAUGUCACAAACAAAAUCGCUAAGGCUUGGCGCUCACUGUUUGGACUACGGUCCAGACUGUCAGGCCUCGGCGGCGUCGACGCGACUCGUAGGGGCUUGCUGAUCAUGGCUGUAGUCAGAAAUGUCCUCACCUAUGGCUUACAGGCUAGACAUGUUCCUGAUCAGGAGUUAUCGGAAUUAGCUGAAGCAGAAUAUCAGAUGAUGGCAGUGAUGCUUGGAGUACCAAUGUGGAAGAUCUGGAAAAGAACAGUCACAAGAUCGCAGCUGUUGCACUGGCUAAGAUUCCCUCCCUUUAAGUCAUUCGUAACGUACAUUCGCUCACGUCACAUCGCUCACGUUUUAAGACAAACUAGCAAUACGUUGGACAGGCAGGCGCUCAAUGGCACACUCAUGCCCGAAAGGCUAGAAUCCGAAGAGGGCAGGCAAUCACAUCUCAAAUCCGCUUCAACGGACAGGACCCUCCCAGCCGAUACAAGGAGAAUCGGGUCCCUGGUAGCAGACUUUAAAAGAGACCUGGUUGAGGCGGCUAAUGGGAGAAUUGGUUAUGUAGAAGGACUGAUGACGCCCCUAGAAGAUGGCAAGGAGAACGAGUACGCAAUCAGAAAGGCAGCACUACACGAAAUCAAUAGAAAGGCGCUCAUGGCUGCUGCACUAUCUAAAUGGUGCGAAGCGGAUGCAGGGGUGACAGCUGCGACAGAAUACGGCCUGCUAGAAUACAAACACUUUCACAAGGAUCACUCUAAAUCUCGGUGGGAAUCCAAGCGAAGGGAGAAUGAAAACAACAAAGAGAAGACUGAAAGUGCGUGCGACUUUAAAUCUGGGAGGCUAUCUCUGAUCAUCCCAGGCAAGAUGGAGAAAACGGCCUCUCCCAAGCCCGAAGGUUGGGAAAUCAACCCGAACAUAUCGAUGCCAAGUUCACCGCGCCCGGGCAGAUCUCCACAUACGGCAGACCAGGCAGAGGAAAAUGUUGGACAUCCGAGCAAAUUCGCAUUUAAGAUUAGUAGCAACAAAGCAGCAGUGGCAGAUAUUGAGAUUCACAAAGGAGGGGAGGAGUUAAUACAAGAUGUUGGCGGUAUCCUAAUUGAUGCGAACGCCUUUCCUGAAGGAGUAUAUGCCACACUAAGUGUGCGAGGCCACCACGCACCCUUCAAGCAGAUCCUGGAAAUUGUGCCAGAAAUACCAAUGAAGGCAUACUUGAUCAAGCCUAAGACAACAAUGAUGGAAACGAAGGAAGCUGCAUCGCAAGAGUUGAGCAACUGGGUCAAGGAGGAGACAGUUGCGGCUAAGGUACCGGCAACGCAGGAAGAUUGCUUAGUAUUGGCGCAGUUAUUGCUACCCGGGGGCAUGAAGUACAAUGUUCGAUGGCCUGCCGACGAAGCACUACUUUUACUUGCCCCCUGCCAAUCGAUUGGACACGAGGUGGUGAUCAAGGAGAGGUCGCACUUUGCCAGAGGAGUUUGUGCUCUCUGCAACUGGACUCCUCCGAUGCAUAACUCCGCCUGGUACAGAAAAACCCCCGCAGAGUCACUAGAGCUUUUGUGUGCGCACAUUGACGAGAAGCACAAGCCCGUGAACCUCUCCGCGCCCAUUUUAGGAGACAGGAUGGAAGCGAUAGCACGGCAGGAGCAGAUGGAGAAAUAUCAGGCGCUCAAGUCGGCAGCGAAGGCAGGCAGACUUGGACACUUUCGUAGAUUAGCCUCGGUUGGCCCGCGCAGAUACGGAUGGAAAAGACACGCAGAAAGAUACGGAUGCAAUUACUGCGGUCUCACUUUCCAAACCAAUCUUGGCGCAAUGGAGAAGCACACGCUGGCACACCAAGAGAAGCAAAUAAUGAAAGUGGCCAAGCUAGUAGUGAAAAGGGCGGGCAAGGUGGUAACGCCGAUGUUAGGCGCAGCUCGGAAAGCAUGGAGACCGGAGGGCCACCUACUCUGUGCCAAGGCGGGGGCUGCAGCAUUCGGACCGGACGCCAGACUAGCCAAAUUCCUGGUCCCACGAUGUGCUUGGAAGGACGACAAAGCCAGAAGCGCCCUCAGAUGCAGAAAGUGUGAAGGAUGGAGCAUUGAAUUUGACUCGACAAAGAUGACCAUGAGUGUGCUGUCCAAGCGAGUGGAUUUGAUGAGGGCACAUGAGAAGAAAUGCAAAGGAGGCAAAAAAGAAGUGAGAAAAAAAACGUGAAGGAAAGAAAUAGAAGGAUGGAAAAUGCACGACAGCCCCAGAUGAAACAAACAAUUAAUCAAUUCUAAACUCACGCUCACUUAACGUAAGCACAAAUUUAAAACAGC